GCUGAGCUUGCCCCUUCUCGCAAUGGUGCUGGAGGCUCAGCUGCAGCAGGCCGUGCUGCUGAAGAAGGUGGUGGAUGCCAUGAAGGACCUCUGCAAGGACGUGAACUUCGACUGCUCGGAGAAGGGGCUGCAGGUGCAGUCCAUGGACAGCUCGCACGUGGCCCUGGUCUCACUGCUUCUGCGGGAGUCCGCGUUCUCGGACUUCAAGUGCGACAGGCCGACCUCGCUUGGCAUGAACGUGGACUCGUUGGGCAAGAUCCUGAAGAUGUGCGGGCAGAACGACUCGCUGAAGCUGCGCUGGCAAAACGACGCAGACCUCGUGAGCUUCCAGUGCGAGAGCGGGGAGGACGACAGGAUCGCCGACUUCGACUUGAAGCUGAUGCAGAUUGAGAGCGAGCACAUGGAGGUGCCUGAGCAGCACUACAAGGUGGUCGCAAAGCUGCCGUCUGCGGAGUUCCAGAAGAUCUCUGAGGAGUUUGGCGAGACGAUGCAGCUGAAGGCCACCAAGGAGGGCAUCACCUUCAGCGUUCAAGGCGACAUGGGCGCCGGCAACGUCAUGCUGAAGCCACGCGAGGCAGAGAAGCCCGAGGACAAGGUGAGCCUCACCGUCCACGAGCCGGUAACUGCCACAUUCGCGCUGCGCUACCUGGUCAAUUUCGCCAAGGCCGCGCCGCUGUGCGGCACCGUGGAGCUCGGCCUUGGCCCAGACGCGCCCCUGCUCGUGAGGUACAACCUCGAGAACGCGGACAAUGGCCACUUGCAGUUUUACCUGGCUCCGAAGAUCGACGAGAGAGUGCCGCGGGACGGGUGUCAUAAGUGGCUUGUGGACAUGGGCAGGCUGAGCUUGCCCCUUCUCGCAAUGGUGCUGGAGGCUCAGCUGCAGCAGGCCGUGCUGCUGAAGAAGGUGGUGGAUGCCAUGAAGGACCUCUGCAAGGACGUGAACUUCGACUGCUCGGAGAAGGGGCUGCAGGUGCAGUCCAUGGACAGCUCGCACGUGGCCCUGGUCUCACUGCUUCUGCGGGAGUCCGCGUUCUCGGACUUCAAGUGCGACAGGCCGACCUCGCUUGGCAUGAACGUGGACUCGUUGGGCAAGAUCCUGAAGAUGUGCGGGCAGAACGACUCGCUGAAGCUGCGCUGGCAAAACGACGCAGACCUCGUGAGCUUCCAGUGCGAGAGCGGGGAGGACGACAGGAUCGCCGACUUCGACUUGAAGCUGAUGCAGAUUGAGAGCGAGCACAUGGAGGUGCCUGAGCAGCACUACAAGGUGGUCGCAAAGCUGCCGUCUGCGGAGUUCCAGAAGAUCUGCCGCGACCUCAAGGAGUUUGGCGAGACGAUGCAGCUGAAGGCCACCAAGGACAAGGUGAGCCUCACCGUCCACGAGCCGGUAACUGCCACAUUCGCGCUGCGCUACCUGGUCAAUUUCGCCAAGGCUGCGCCGCUGUGCGGCACCGUGGAGCUCGGCCUUGGCCCAGACGCGCCCCUGCUCGUGAGGUACAACCUCGAGAACGCGGACAAUGGCCACUUGCAGUUUUACCUGGCUCCGAAGAUCGACGAGUGCACAUGGACGCUCGCACGUGGCCCUGGUGCUUCUGCGGGAGUCCGCGUUCUCGGACUUCAAGUGCGACAGGCCGACCUCGCUUGGCAUGAACGUGGACUCGUUGGGCAAGUGAAGAUGUGCGGGCAGAACGACUCGCUGAAGCUGCGCUGGCAAAACGACGCAGACCUCGUGAGCUUCCAGUGCGAGAGCGGGGAGGACGACAGGAUCGCCGACUUCGACUUGAAGCUGAUGCAGAUUGAGAGCGAGCACAUGGAGGUGCCUGAGCAGCACUACAAGGUGGUCGCAAAGCUGCCGUCUGCGGAGUUCCAGAAGAUCUGCCGCGACCUCAAGGAGUUUGGCGAGACGAUGCAGCUGAAGGCCACCAAGGAGGGCAUCACCUUCAGCGUUCAAGGCGACAUGGGCGCCGGCAACGUCAUGCUGAAGCCACGCGAGGCAGAGAAGCCCGAGGACAAGGCCGCGCCGCUGUGCGGCACCGUGGAGCAGACGCGCCCCUGCUCGUUCGAGAACGCGGACAAUGGCCACUUGCAGUUUUACCUGGCUCCGAAGAUCGGAGUGAGAGUGCCGCGGGACGGGUGUCAUAAGUGGCUUGUGGACAUGGGCAGGCUGAGCUUGCCCCUUCUCGCAAUGGUGCUGGAGGCUCAGCUGCAGCAGGCCGUGCUGCUGAAGAAGGUGGUGGAUGCCAUGAAGGACCUCUGCAAGGACGUGAACUUCGACUGCUCGGAGAAGGGGCUGCAGGUGCAGUCCAUGGACAGCUCGCACGUGGCCCUGGUCUCACUGCUUCUGCGGGAGUCCGCGUUCUCGGACUUCAAGUGCGACAGGCCGACCUCGCUUGGCAUGAACGUGGACUCGUUGGGCAAGAUCCUGAAGAUGUGCGGGCAGAACGACUCGCUGAAGCUGCGCUGGCAAAACGACGCAGACCUCGUGAGCUUCCAGUGCGAGAGCGGGGAGGACGACAGGAUCGCCGACUUCGACUUGAAGCUGAUGCAGAUUGAGAGCGAGCACAUGGAGGUGCCUGAGCAGCACUACAAGGAGUUUGGCGAGACGAUGCAGCUGAAGGCCACCAAGGAGGGCAUCACCUUCAGCGUUCAAGGCGACAUGGGCGCCGGCAACGUCAUGCUGAAGCCACGCGAGGCAGAGAAGCCCGAGGACAAGGUGAGCCUCACCGUCCACGAGCCGGUAACUGCCACAUUCGCGCUGCGCUACCUGGUCAAUUUCGCCAAGGCCGCGCCGCUGUGCGGCACCGUGGAGCUCGGCCUUGGCCCAGACGCGCCCCUGCUCGUGAGGUACAACCUCGAGAACGCGGACAAUGGCCACUUGCAGUUUUACCUGGCUCCGAAGAUCGACGAGUGA